UGUGAUAUUAAGAAAUAAGAAUUUUUGAUGAAUUUAAUUGAAAAUAAAUUUAUUUUAGUAUAUAUGAUUCUUAUUAUGAAUUUUGUUAAAAUUAAAUUUAUUUUAGUAUAUAUGAAUCAUCUUUCUAUAACAAAUUAAAUUAAAAAAAUGACAUGUAAAUGUUUCUUUAUCAUUGCCGUUUAUUGAACAUUAUAUGCUUUCAUAAAACGUUUAACUGUAAUGCUUUAAUUAUUAUUUAAUUAAAUAUCCAGUUUAUUGCAUUGAAAGUAUUUCUAUAUAUCCCCACCUUUGUUUAUUGACCAAUUUUUGUACUAGUCUUAAGAUACUAAUUCGUUUUGAUUAUUUAUAUAUCAUUAUUAAGAGUAGGGAAGAAUUAGAAUGUUCGAAUUAUGUAAUUUUCAUGAAUUAUUUAGUGAUUGUUUUGUAGUUUAAAUUUGUUAUGAAUAACACGUCUUAAUUUAAUUAUAAUCUUAUCUCUUUUAUAAAUUUAUGUUAAGUGGAAAUAUUUUAGAAAUAAUUUAGUGUUUACAAAUCUUAAAAAUGUGGUUGAAUAAGUUUUAUAAUGAUAGAAAUAAAGAUUUGUAUCCAAAUCCUGGAAACAUUACUUUUCAGUACGGAACUUCUGGUAUACGAUGCAAAUCUGAUUAUCUAGAUCAUGUAGUGCAUAGAAUGAGUUUAUUAGUUGCUUUACGAUCAAUGUGUUUAAAGUCAGCCCGAGUUGGGUUGAUGAUUACAGCCUCCCAUAAUCCACAAGAUGAUAAUGGAGUUAAAUUGAUUGACCCGCAAGGGGAAAUGCUUGAAAGUACAUGGGAAGAAUAUGCAACAGAAUUGUCAAAUGCUUUAAAUAAUGAUAAUGUAUGCAAUAUUUUAAGUAAAAUAGUACUUAAGUAUAAUAUUGAUUCUGGUUAUAAACCUAAAGUCUAUGUCGGACGAGACACUAGAAACUCGGGAGAGCGAUUGCUUAAAGCAGUAAUUUUAGGUUUAGAAAUAUUUAAAAGUGAUUAUGAAGAUUUUGGAGUUAUAACAACUCCAAUGUUACAUUAUUUUGUUAGGUGCUAUAACACAAAUGGUUUGUAUGGACAGCCAAAUGAAAAUUCAUACUUUACAAAAUUAACUAAUUCUUUUAAGAAAAUGCGAAAAAUGUGUUCUGACUAUAAAAAUUAUAGUCCUAUCAUAGAGUUUGAUGGUGCCAAUGGAGUUGGUGCUUUAAAAUUAAAAGAUGCAAUGAAGUAUUUAGAUGACUCAUUGAUUAUUAAUUUACACAACAAUGAUGUGAUG